AACAGGAGGCUUUGAGGCGAUGUUUCCCGGUCUCCUCGCCUGAUUGGAUCAGUGAAAGAUGAUGUCAGAAGACUGCAUGCGCCCGGGAUUGGAGCAAGCGGCGUAAACAAAGCCGCGAGGAGGAGGAGGAGGAGGAGGAGAGGUCUCCACAUCUCUAGACAGUCCGACCGACACACCGAAUCCGACUUUACGCACAGGAGAGGGCGGCCCCGUCGGCGCGUACCUAUCUGCUAAACGCUGAAAGUUACUGACAGUCCCACUUUAACGGGUGUCGCGCUAAAAGACUUUUGGAAAAGCUGAAGGGAAACUUAUCAUCGUUUGCUUGUGUCGUUUUUUGUUGUUCUUUUUUUACUCCGGACAUUGUCCAUUUUUCUCGUUGGUCCUAACUCUGCGAAGCUGCUCCUGCAUAAGUAGGUGCGAAGGAAGCGCUCGUGUAGUCGUUGCAUUUUUGUAUGUGUAAAUGCAAUUAUGAAAAAAAUUAAUUCGUGAAGUCGAAUCAGAGCAGACAGGCGCACUCCUGCUGUGCAACCCGGUCGGUUGGAGCCAGUCUGCGCCGUUUGAAUUCGGUGUCCUCGUCCGGUAACUGGAGGACUGACAGACAGAGAAAGUAAGAAUCAGACACUUGGGUCACUUUGAGGUGUGUUAGUGGAACGCGUGUCUCACACGUUCAGGUGUCCCGCCGAGCGGUGCGGAGUCUCCAGCUUAGGCCGGCCGCGCUGACAUGCUGCCCAAAGUCGAUACUGAAUCCUUGGGACUCUCUCGAUCGUAUGGGGAACAGGGGCACAUGCCAAGGAAUAUGCAAGCCGUUUAGGAAACUGUCGGAGCAAGUGGCGUCAACUUGAGAGGAGAGCAGCGCCCCAGAUAAAAAUGAUGGACUACUCUUAUGACGAAGACUUGGACGAGAUGUGUCCCGUGUGCGGGGACAAAGUUUCUGGCUAUCACUAUGGACUCCUGACCUGCGAGAGCUGCAAGGGCUUCUUUAAACGCACUGUCCAGAACAACAAGCGCUACACAUGUAUAGAGAACCAGAGCUGCCAGAUUGACAAGACCCAGAGGAAGCGCUGCCCGUACUGCCGCUUCCAAAAGUGCCUCACUGUGGGCAUGAAGCUAGAAGCUGUGCGGGCGGACCGCAUGCGCGGAGGUCGAAACAAGUUCGGCCCAAUGUACAAACGUGACCGGGCUCUCAAGCAGCAAAAGAAGGCACUGAUCCGAGCAAAUGGCCUAAAGAUCGAGGCCAUGAGUCAGGUGAUGCAGGCCGUGCCGACCGACCUCACCAUCUCCUCGGCCAUCCAGAAUAUCCACUCAGCCGCCUCCAAGGGCCUUCCACUGAGCCACCACACCGGUCACCACACUGGGCACCACCACCAUCACCACCACCAUCACCAUCAUGCCACUGCCCUGCCCCCCACAGACUACGACCGCAGCCCAUUUGUCACUUCACCAGUCAGCAUGGCUAUGCCGCCGCACGCCGGCAGCCUACAAGGCUACCAAGCAGCCUAUGGACACUUCCAGGGCACGCGCACCAUCAAAUCAGAGUACCCAGACCCGUACACCAGCUCGCCAGAGUCCAUCAUGGGCUACGCCUAUGUCGAUGCCUACCAGUCAGGCUCACCGCCCAGCUUCCCCCACCUGAUUGUAGAGCUGUUAAAGUGUGAGCCAGAUGAGCCGCAGGUUCAGGCCAAGAUCCUGGCAUACCUGCAGCAGGAGCAGGCCAGUCGUGGCAAACAUGAGAAGCUCAACACCUUCGGCCUUAUGUGCAAGAUGGCCGACCAGACACUUUUCUCCAUCGUGGAGUGGGCACGCAGCAGCAUCUUCUUCCGUGAACUUAAGGUGGAUGACCAGAUGAAGCUGCUGCAGAACUGCUGGAGUGAACUCCUCAUCCUUGACCACGUUUUCCGGCAAGUGGUGCACGCCAAGGAGGGCUCCAUCCUAUUGGUCACAGGCCAGCAGGUGGACUAUGCAGUGAUAGCUUCACAGGCCGGAGCCACCCUCAACAACCUGUUGAGCCACGCACAGGAGCUGGUGGCCAAAUUGCGCUCCCUGCAGCUGGACCAGCGGGAGUUUGUCUGCCUCAAGUUCCUCGUCCUCUUCAGCCUGGAUGUGAAGAACUUGGAGAACUUCCACCUCGUAGAAAGUGUCCAGGAGCAGGUCAACGCAGCGCUGCUGGACUACGUCAUGUGCAACUACCCGCAGCAAACAGACAAGUUUGGUCAGCUGCUCCUCCGGCUACCAGAGAUCCGAGCCAUCAGCCUGCAGGCUGAAGAAUACCUUUACUACAAACACCUGAAUGGCGACGUGCCCUGCAACAACCUGCUCAUUGAAAUGCUCCACGCCAAGAGAGCUUAGGAGAGGACUGCGCUACCCAUAAUGCAGUUGUGUCGCAGCGCCACAAACUCUAAAUAAUGAACCUACAGCUCAGACUUGAACGGGCGAUGACCCGAAGGAUCGAAAGCAGAGUGUGUUAGAAACUCUUUGUUGAUACUGAGCUCGCGGUGGUGUCAAAGUUACAACUUUAAGUACAGAUCUGGACAAGCACACAUGAAAAACAACAUAUGGAUCCCUUUAUUCUCAAAAAGAAAAAGAAAAAACUGUCUGAAAGCAGAGCCGCUGCUCAAAACCUACAGAAGAAGACAAUGUUGGAAAGAAAAAAAAAAAGCACCAACAAAAAAACUUGAAACAAACACUGCAUUUGCAUUUACACCACGAGAUGGCAUCUCAUCGUCUGCACAAGCACAGACUAAAACCAAAACUGGCAGGCUGCAACUGCAAGAAUUAACAACCCGUGAGUGUUUUAGCACUGGUGACACAGUGAGAGGCUUUUUGCGCUGGGAAAGGAAGAUGAUUAACGUCAUGCAUCCGUCACACACACAGCUGUGACCAGAGCAGAGGCCGAUUCUGGUCGCUAACCCUCCAGGGUGCUCGCUCACCUCAACCAGCUUUUAGCUGUGGUUGGUACUGUAAAGACAAACUGGGGAAACAAACUGAGACUCUUACCUACUACCAUGGUUGUUGUUGUUUUUUUUGUUGUUGUUUUGCCACGGCAGCUUGACCUGACUGAAAAGUGAGAACUGAUGGUUUAAGAAAAAAAAAAAAUAAAAAAAAUAAAAAUAAAGGUCUGAAAACUGAACAUUCUAUUAAUGAACAAAAUGAUAAAUGAAAAAAAUACAAUGUUUUUUUCCCCCCUCUUGUAAUGGAAGUCAUUUGCUAGUCAUGGUCACUUUGUGGUUCCCCUUUCUUAUUCACCUUCCAAGUCAUCUUAAACUAUGUACCUCAGAAAGACCAGUGUUAAAUAAAUUCAGUUAAUAAUGUCAGCUGUAACAAUUGUAUUUAUAAACCAUUUUCCCACACCCACCCACACCCACACACACACACACACACACACAAAAAAAACUUUUCAGCAUUUCAUUAAAACUGGAACAAAACAAAGUGUGAUUCUGGAGAUGGACAAGGAUUGACCCAGCCUUCGUCCGGAAAGACCAAAGCCUGCUGCAGAACAGUAGAAGGAAUUUUACAAUUACCUUAAUAAUCAGUAUUAUAAAAGAAAAAAGAAAAAAAAAGAUUUGUGAUGUCACAGUUACGUGAGUCUUGCCUUAUUUCAUUACCAUGCUAGCUAACUGUGCAGAUGUGAAUGAAAAAUAUGUACAAAUAUAUAUAUAUAAAGGAAUAAUGUUGUAAAAAAUUUAAAAAAGAAUAAUUGAACAGGUGUUUACAUUCAUGUGGUAAUAUGGGAGAGAACUGUGAUGAAGCAUAAAUUGCAAAGCAAUGAUUUCCUAAAAAAAUGAAAUCAACUAAAUGAAAAAAAAAAUCCCUCUGGUUUGCUUUUUUGAUGUGUGUACAGUGUUUUACUUUUAUUAUUAUUGUUAUUAUUAUUAUUAUUAUUUGUUUUGAGCAGUACUUAAAUUAUGUCGUGAGACACUAAAAUCAAAAAGGAAUCACUUAAUCACAAUUUCUAUCUGUGUCUGUAGGCAUCCAAAACAUCUGUUUCUUAAACGUUGCUGUGUAAGGGUUUUCAUUUCACAUUCAGCGUUUCGUAGCCUUCUUUUUUUAAGCAGUGCUUUUAUUUUUGCUGUACUGUAUGUCACUGGUAAUGCUUAUAAAUGAAAGAUAAUUUAUUGCGCCUCUGGGUUCCCAUCUUCGUGUUACAUAACGUGAGCUGUCUGCGCCAGAAUAAAUUUGUUUACUGUAGCAUGUUCUUGUUUUGUUUCCACAAGUAGUUCUGAGAUGCAGGUCGGGAGCAAAAAUAAUGGGCUUUCAAAAAAAAGAAAAAGGAAAAAAUAAUAAUCACCACAUUUUAUUUGUCUUUUAGCUGUUGAAGCAAGUCUGUACAUUGAACAGAGUAUUGUAUUUAAGCAAGUAGGUGUGAAAGGUGUUUGUGCCACAUCGGUUUUUACUUAUUGAACUUUGAACUGCAUCAGUGUCCUAUCCGAUUUGCUCUUAUACCAAAGACUGCAUCUUUCCCUUGUGAGCUGUGACCUAUAAUAUUGUGCCCAAGAUGAACAAAACUGGAUUUCUUUGUUUGUUCUUUUUUUUCGUUUAAAUUUUUUUUAAGAAAAACAAGGCAGCCUAAAGAAUCCUCAUUUGGAGCUUUUCCACAUGUAUAAUAGUUGUUACCGUUAUUUUUGUUUUUUUUCUUCAAAAUGCCCCCAACACUUGCCUCCCACAACAACCUGUGGUGUUUAUUGUUUACCUUUGUUUUUUGUACAGAAGACUCAUCUUAAUCCCACACGUCAACUAAUUCUGAUCCUGCACUUCACUAUCUAAAGCCCUCAUGAACAUCAGACAAUCUGUCAUCUGCCUCGCUCUAAAAAUCCUCUCAUUUGUCGAAGGUACAGUGUGUAAACUUUGCAACGUCAAUCCAUUGUGGACUAAAGUUAAAAAAACAAAAACAUGGUGGCCUCCACAGAUCUGACCCGACUCCCUGAUAAUUAAAAACAA